AUGGAGAAGUUGGUGGUCGUAGCAGCUAUUAGUGUGUUUUGGGCCGUCAAGGUUAAGAACGAAGGUCUAGUGCCCGCACUCCUGGCAAAUGUUUAUAACACCUUACACUUACGCUUAGAGAAGAAGGGAGGAUUGCUGUUAUAUUGCAUACCACUCCUUUACCAAUGGUUUGUCUCUCAUGUAUUCAAAGAUGUUGAUACGAUUGAGGGGAUGGAUGGAUACGAGUGGCCUCAAACGCUGGUAGGACUCACUGAAAAUGCCAUUAUUUGGUAUCCUCAUGGUUUGAAUAUGGGAGAUACAAUUACUAGUUAUGGAGAAUUUCCAAAUGUACCAUUAAUAGGGUCAAAAGGGUGCAUUAACUACAAUCCAGUUUUAGCAGUGAGGCAGUUGUGUUAUCCUAUCACAUACAAGUCAGAUGACCAGUUGUUAGAAGGGUUAUCCAAGCCUGGGAAAAAGUUCGCUUCAGAGGACAAGACAAUUGUAGGGGAUAGAGAACCCUAUUAUCAAUGGGUCACAAAGAGAAGUCAAGAGAUCAAUCUACCAUUCAUCCUCGAUCCUCCUACUCAACCUCCACCACCAGAGCCUACCCAUGUCUCCAUUGAGGAAGCGAAAGUAUUGAAAGCUACUAUAGCAAGAAUCAGGCGAGAAAAUGAAGAGCUACAAAUCAGCUUCCAACAAGUUUCAAAUGAAAGAAAUGAGAUGAAGUGGGAACUAGAGAGGAAAAAGGCUCAGCUAGAAGCAACUGAGGAAAAGGUCGAUAAGGAAGAACACAAGAGAAAGAAGGUAAAAGUAGGCAUGGAACAAGCUGACCUCUACUUAGAAACAAUCAAAGCGCAGCUAAAACAAGUCAAGAAAGAAUGCCCAAAGAAUAAGCGAUGGUGGCUACGAGCAACAGAAGAAAAGAGAGAAGUUAGAGAGACAUUAGAGGCUAAGAUACAUGAUCUCACUAUCUCUCCUCACAACGCUGAGACCUAA